AUGGACCCCUCGGACUGGACACUCAAUGCAACUUUUCUCCUCCCAACCCGCGCCGCCCAGGAAAGGGAGGUCACUUUCGACGCCCCGGAAGCCUCUGCCACCGAAUCCUUAAGGCAGUGCAAGGCCCCAGAAGCCCGGUGUGGGGGGGGAGGAGCGGCGGCCCCGCAACUUCCCUCCCCGCCUCGAGCGCCGCCGGCCGGGCCCGGGCCUAGCUCUCGCUGGCCGCCACUGCCGGAGCUGGUAACAGAGCCCGCUGCGUGCCCCUGCUGGGCCGCCGCCGCCUCCUGCGCCGCCGCUUCCGCCGGUGAAUGGUCAGCGCUGGAGUUUGAACAGGGCCCUGAACCAUCUCAACGCCAUUUGCGCUCCCGGCCCCCACCUCCUUCCUCCAACAGCCGCUCGCUCCGUCACUCCGCUUCCCACAGUCCCCGCGCGGCCGCCCGACCCCGCAGCCAAUCGCGCAGCCGCUUACUCAAACCGCCGCGCAGGCGCUACGCCCCGCAUGCGCCGGCGCCCGCCAUUGGCCCGGCCGCGGAGCCCGACGGGAGUUGUAGUCCAGGUCCGCGAGGUCGCUGGCCGAGGACCAGGCGCGGGAGCGGGAGCGGGCGACUGGCCUGGCCCUCCCGGUCUCGACAGCCAGUUCUAGCUCCCGGCCCAGCCAGGAGACGCAGGUGCCACGGAGAUGGGCAGCCGGGCGGGUGGCGCAGUGCAGGCAGCUGUAUCAAUCGCUUCCCCUCCAGGGACCCGCCGGUGCCUGGGGACCGCGGGCUGUGCAGCUGUGCCGGGCCUGCGGAGGCCGCCGCCUGGGAGCUGGGAGGCAGGGAGCGCGUGGUCCAGAGCCGCUCUCGACCUGGCCUGGUCGGUCCUGGCCCGGCAUAGGUGACGAUGGCGGGGACCGCGAGGCGCCGGACACCCGAGGCCGCGAGCAGCGUCGCCCCUCGCUUUUUCGCGCCCCUCCAGCUCUGCAGUCCUUCCUCUAACUCCGUCUGCCCCUCACCGAUUGAAAGUGGCCCCGAGAAUAUUGGAUGGUAGAGUGAUCUGGUGUCAGGACUGUAAAAUACGCCUAUGAAAACUGGGGGAGAGGAAUAAAACAAGCUGGCAGAACGUUUUUCAUCGUUGAAGCUGCGUGAUGCGAGCAUAUGCGCUCAUCAUACAGUCUCUUGUGUAUCUGAAAUUUUCCAUAAUAAAAAGUUUAAAGAAGUGAACCAAUGAUUGCCUCUAGGGAGGACAGUGAGGUGGCGGAUGACAGGAGGAAGGAGUCUUAAUUUUUCGCUGUACGCCUUUCUGUGCUCUUAGGUUUUUCCCAUUCAAUGUGUUACCUAAUUCAGAAAAUUGGUAAGUUUUUUUUAAGGCUACCAUGGGAAAACCGCGUUCUAAAGAGUAGCGCAACCAGUUCCCCGUAAGAGAGGUGCAUGAUUCGUCGGACUCGAACAGCCUUGGUGUUUGUUAGGCGGUUAAUGGAGACCCACCUGGGAAAUUAGAAAACAACUAAUUGCUUUCAGUGAGAAGCCCGCCCUUCUCCCACAAAUGGAUAAUUUGCUUUUAAUGCACACAGAAGUUAUCCAGCUCCCUCCGGUAUAAUCGGGGAAACUCCAAAUAAAGGAAAAAUAGUUCAGAGACCCUGCAGCUCUUCCCAAGAGGAAUUUAAGGUGGAUUUUAGUGUGGUUGGAUUGUUUUGCCUACCUGACUGCAGAAUUUAUAUUCUGACAUUUACAAUUUCCUAAAUACUGAAUCAGUAUUUUUUCUUGUUUCAAAAUAAAUCAACUUCUUCUAUAGUUUAUAUGAAUAACAAGUCCAUGUCUUCCAAUGUGGGUGGGAUGCACAUGACUGUUUUAUUUGGGUCAGUUUUGUCUCUUUUUUUUAAUUGGCAGUUGUAGGAACUUGUUUUUAUCAUUUUGUUUAAAGAUCUUCUGGCAGAGGUGCAGGCUGCACUUACUAUAAUUAUUUAGAUGACAAGGUGGUGGGUGGUAAUUAAAGGGUAAUUAUCAUCAGAGGCAAAAGGUAAGAUCAAAAAGCCAGAAGAGGUGAGGAGACAAUUGCAAGACCUUCCCGUAGGAGGGUGUUGUGAUCCUCCCAAGACCAAAGGAUAUGUCUAUUAUGCCUGGCCUCUCUAGUGCUGGACAUUUGGCAGGGUCAGUGCCUGCAUGAAGCUGAAGUGGAAGGGCUUUUUGUUUAGACUGGUGCCUUUUGAGGGCUUUUGUGUGAUGGUUGUGUUAAGUAAUGAAACUUAGUAGUGUCAAAUUCUUGCCACUCAAAGAAUGAUCCCCCAUCAGCAGUGUAGCAUCACCUGGAAGCCUGUAAGGAACGCGUAAUUCCUAUCCUCACCCCACCUCCACUGAAUCAGAACCUGCAUUUUAACAGGAAUCCCCCAGCUGAUUGGGCCGCACAUUAAAGUUUGACAAGCACUGAUUUAAAGUAUACCCAUAGCAUUUGACAGCAAUCUAGUAUUUUUCGUUAGGAUGAGGGAGAGGAAGGGAGAUGAUUAAGAACCUCCUAUACAUCAGGUAAGAUGCAUAGGCUGUUCAGGAGCCUUGUCUGCCGCCUGGUCUGUUACUCUAUCUUACAAGUAAGGAAAUGGGAAGACUUGUAUGUUGCAACUAAUGAGGGAGUCAAACUUUUUCUUAACGGUUGGAUACCCGUUAGUACUUGUUGGUGUUCUUGAAUCUGGUAGAAAGUGGUACAUGAUUUGAGAAGUAAACAAGUGUGUGUGUGUGUGUGUGUGUGUGUGUGUGUGUGUGUGUGUGUAUUUAGUCUGUGGAAGCUUAGUAUAUGAAUAUUAAGCAGAGCUCUUCUGGGCUCUGUACCCUUGUGUGGCUCACACUAAAGACACCCCUCCGGCCCCUCCUGGAGGGAGUUCAGACUCCUGGCCCUGCAGGCUGUACCACCACCUUAACCCCUUACCUCCCUGCUUCCACUGAGGCAGGCAAAUGCCCUGAAGUUCCCUCAUUCCCUUACCAGGGCCAUGGGUGCCACACCAGAAUGAGCAAACAGGACUCCAGUGUGGGUAACGCAUGGCUGAACAGCUUUUUGUUGUAUUGUUUUUGUUUUCUUAGUUCUCUCAGCUCAGGCUCCACCCUCUGCCCAUCCCCCUGGCCACCCUCAACCCCUAGAGCGGUUGUCUCCAUUUCAUGAGAAUCUUCACACUAACAUCAAGUAGCCAGUAGGUGCUUUUGGUUUUGCUAGAAUGCCUGUGUGCAAGCUCUCAGAUACCUGAUUUUCUUUCCCCCACUGAAUGUUGUUUGUCAGAAACUGAAAUCAUGGAUCGGAGCCAAGUUUGUAGUACCCUUAGGAGGGGCCUCUGCCCUCCUGUGUGCUGCCUGGGUGAGGACAGAACCCCCUAACCUGGAGCUCCACUUGAGUGGGCCCAUACCUGUACUUUCCUCUGAAAAAAGAAAAUCCUACAAAGAAAAUAGAAGACAUCUGUUCUGCCAUUGCCAUGCCCUUGUUCUAGCCCAGACAUGAGAACUGUCAGAAUUGGAGUUACUAAAUAGAACUUUUAGUCUUUUUCUGAUAAUGUGUAGUAAAGUGUAUUACAACUUAUAGAAUUCUAUUUAGGGAACUACAGGUCAGAAACUACCAUAUUGGUAGCAGUCAAUUUUUCUUUGCCAUCGGAUGUGGAAUAAAAUGUUAAAUUGUA